AUGGUCGACUCUAAGGCCUCAAAGAAGCGCAAAGCGGUUACUCGUGAUGUGGAGGAGGAAGCUGGAGUAUAUUCAGGCGAUGAGCUGAGCCCAGACAACCUGGAUGGCACCCUCUCGGAUAAUGCCAACGAUCUGUCAGAGAGCGAGGAUGAUGAGAGCGACUCCGAGAUUGAACUGAUUGACGACUUCAGUGACGAGGACGAAGAAGAGGAAGAUGAAAUUGACAGUGACGAGAUCCCCUCCGAUGUCGAUGAUGAGGCCGAGAAGAAACACUCUGCCAAGGUUUCCAAUGCCGACGAGCCCAAUGUUCGUAUCGUCAAAGAUGCGAAUGGCAACGCUCGUUACCUCUACGACGAGAUCCACCCAGACGACAACUCGGACUAUUCGGACGUCGAAGAGAAUGGCAACACCAUUGGAGAUAUUCCAUUGACCUUCUACGACCAGUACCCCCACAUUGGCUACAACAUCAAUGGCAAAAAAAUCAUGCGCCCAGCAAAGGGUGAGGCUUUGGAUGCAUUGUUGGAUAGCAUUGAAAUUCCCAAGGGAUGGACCGGUCUUACUGAUCCCGCAACUGGCAAGCCAUUGGAGCUGAGUCAGGAGGAGCUGGAACUGAUCAAGAAGGUUCAAAUGAAUGAGAUUCCCGGUGAAGGCUACGACCAGUAUGAGCCUUUGGUAGAAUACUUCUCCUCUAAGUUGGAGAUCAUGCCUAUAAGUGCUGCCCCAGAACCGAAGCGUCGAUUUGUGCCCUCCAAGCAUGAAGCUAAGCGUGUGAUGAAGCUCGUGAAGGCCAUCCGCGAGGGCCGUAUUCUUCCUUACAAGCCACCGGGAGAGGAGGAUGAGCAGGAUGAAAAUCUCAUCAACUAUGAUUUGUGGGCUGACGAGGCUGAGCGUGUUGACCACCCAAUGCAUGUCCCCGCACCCAAACUUCCUCCCCCUGGAUACGAGGAGAGCUACCACCCGCCUGCUGAAUAUCUUCCCGACAAGAAGGAGCGCCAGCAAUGGGAGCAGACCGAUCCUGAGGACCGUGAGUCUAAGUUCUUGCCUAACGACUUUGGCUCCCUUCGCAAGGUGCCUGGAUACGACAGCUUCGUCAAGGAGAAGUUUGAGCGUUGUCUGGAUCUGUACCUUGCCCCCAGAGUCCGACGAAGCAAGUUGAACAUCGAUCCUGAAAGUCUUCUUCCCAAGUUGCCCAGCCCCGAAGAGUUGAAGCCCUUCCCUACUACAUGUGCUACACUAUUCCGUGGUCACAAGGGUCGUGUUCGUUCGCUGAACGUGGACCCAACUGGAAUUUGGCUUGCAACUGGUGGUGAUGAUGGAACAGUUCGGGUUUGGGAGCUGCUCACUGGCCGACAGCUGUGGAGCGCAAAGCUGAGUGACGAGGAUGCGGUCAACGUGGUCCGCUGGCGUCCUGGAAAAGACGCUGUCAUCCUUGCUGCUGCCUCCGGAGAUGACAUCUUCCUCGCAGUUCCUCCUAUUGCCGACCCUGAAAUCGAGAAGGCCAGUCUGGAUAUCCUUGAUGCUGGCUGGGGAUAUGCAGCAUCAGCCCCUACUCUCAGCGCCGCCGAUGCGCUCAAGAAGAACACACCGCCUAGGUGGAUUCGGCCCUCGACAGCUCUGGCCGAGGCUGGCAUCUGCGCGGUUAUUCCUCUCCGCUACGUACCCAAGUCGAUCUCCUGGCACCGCCGCGGUGACUACUUUGUCACUGUCUGCUCAGGCGCAUCUACUCCGGCAUCUGUGGCUAUCUCAAUCCAUACGCUCUCCAAGCACCUCACCCAAUUCCCCUUCCGGCGACGCCUCAAGGGUGGUGGCCCCCCACAGACAGCCCACUUCCAUCCCUCAAAACCGAUUCUUUUCGUCGCCAACCAGCGCUCUAUCCGUGCCUACGACCUGUCUCGUCAAUUACUGGUCAAGAUCUUGCAACCCGGUGCCCGCUGGAUCUCUUCCUUCGAUAUUCAUCCGACCUCGUCCACCGCAUCAGGCGGUGACAACAUCAUCAUUGGUUCUUACGAUCGCCGUUUGCUUUGGCACGAUCUCGACCUGUCGCCGCGCCCUUACAAGACCCUGCGUUACCAUCGCAAGGCUAUCCGUGCCGUCAAGUUCCACCCUGGUGGUCGGUACCCACUGUUCGCAGAUGCCAGUGACGACGGCUCGUUGCAAAUCUUCCACGGUAGCGUUACUGGAGAUAUGCUUAGCAAUGCUACUAUUGUUCCGCUCAAGGUUCUCAGAGGUCACAAAGUCACUGGUGAGCUGGGUGUUCUUGACAUCGACUGGCAUCCUCGUGAGGCGUGGUGUGUCAGUGCCGGUGCGGAUGGAACAUGUCGCUUGUGGAUGUAA